AGCUAUAAAGCGGCUGGCCUAGCAUAGAGGGAAUCACAAGGCACAAGGAAACAGCAGCACCAAACCAGCCUGGCUGUCUGCUUGACUCACCAGAAACUGCUCUGCACUAUGGUGAAGGACAAGCUGCCCAGCAAACCCAUCCUCCUCCUUCUCUUCUUCUUCCUUCCUGGAACUACUUCUCCCACCACAGAACUGCAGUACAUGGUGCUGCUGCCCUUUGUGAUACACACCGAUGUCCCUGAGAAGCUCUGUGUUCAGCUGACCCACCUGAACGAGUCUGUGACGCUGAGUGCCACCCUUGAGUACCAAGGGGAAAACAGGAGCUUGAUUGAUGAUGUAGUGUCAGAGAAGGACGUGUUCACCUGCAUCCCUUUCUCUCUUCCAAAAUUGAAUAGCAGCACAUCAAUGGCAUUUGUCACUGUGACAGUGGAGGGGACGACACUGCAGUUCAGGAGCCGCAAGUCCAUGCUGGUCCAGGAUUCUGAGAGCUUGGUCUUCAUCCAGACAGACAAACCCAUGUACAAGCCUGGACAGACAGUUCUGUUUCGGAUCAUCUCCCUGGACAAAGACUUCUAUCCACUGAAUGAGAAGUUUCCAUUGGUCUAUGUUCAGGAUCCCCAGAGGAACCGUGUGUACCAGUGGCAAGGGGUGGAACUGAAGACUGGCCUUACGCAGCUCUCCUUUCCCCUCGCCUCAGACCCCAUUCUAGGCUCCUACAAGAUAGUCGUGCAGAAGAGGUUCUCAUCUCCUGUGGAGCGCUCCUUCAGCGUGGAGGAAUAUGUGCUGCCUAAGUACGAGGUCCUGGUGAAGCUGCCCAAGAUGAUCACUAUUAAGGACAAGGAACUUCCAGUGUCCGUCUGUGGUCUGUACUCCUAUGGGAAACCUGUUCCUGGUUUGGUGAAUGUCCAAGUAUGCCGGAAAUUUUCCCAUUCUGCUUCAAAUUGUUAUGGGAAAGAAGCAGAAGCAGUAUGUGAAGAAUUCACUAAGCAGGCAGACGCUCAUGGAUGUGUUUCGAGUAUAGUAAAGACCAAGAUAUUUCAGCUCCAGCGCAGGGGAUAUGAAAUGAGCAUUGAGGUGCAAGGCAAGAUGACAGAAGAUGGCACAGGAACAGAGGUUAUUGGAACAGGCUCUUGUGGAAUCACAUCUAUCAUGAGCAAAAUCAGCUUUGACCUUCUGGACUCUCAGUACAGACCAGGAAUCCCACUCUUUGGGAGGGUGAAACUGGUAGAUGGCACCAAUGCUCCAAUGGUCAAUGAAACCAUCAUGAUUUCUGUGGAUGGAGACAGAUACAAAGGGAAUUACACUACAGAUGAGCACGGACAAUCCUGGUUUUCCAUAGACACUACCACCUUCACAGAAGCCUCUCUAGAAAUCCAAGCUGACCAUAAACCUGUGCUGAUCUGCUAUGAGAGUGAAUGGAUCUCACCUUCCCAUGAACACGCCUUGCGUAGAAUAAGCCGCUUCUAUUCCCCCAGCAAGAGCUUCCUCAAAAUUGAGCCAAAGCCUGAGACCUUACGGUGUGGUUCCACCACAGAGAUCCAGGUGCAUUAUAUCCUCACUCCAGAGGGCAUAGAAGAGCAGAAGAAAAUUGUCAUUUACUAUUUGGUAAUGGCCAAGGGAGGCAUUGCCUUAGCAAACACCUAUAAUCUGACAGUGACUCCUGGAGAUGGUUAUGGGACAUUUCAGCUGAUCUUCCCUGUGGAGACAGCAAUUUCUCCCCUGGCCCGCAUGCUUGUGUAUGCCACUUUACCCAGUGGGGAAGUAAUUGCCAGCUCAGCAGAUUUCCAGAUUGAAAAUUGCCUCCCCAAUAAAGUCCGAUUGAGUUUUGCACCCAAGGAAGGUCUUCCUACCUCCAACACACACUUGCAACUCCACACCUCACCCAGGUCCCUAUGUGCCCUCCGUUCUGUGGACAAGAGUGUUCUCCUUAUGAAGCCUGAAGAUGAACUCUCUCCCACCUCUCUUUAUGAUCUUCUUCCACUGAAAGAAGUCAGAGGUUAUAUCUUCAAGGGCUACUACCUGGAAGAAGACAAAGUAAAACCUUGUGUGUCACUUGACAACAUUUUAUUAGAUGGAUUUGUCUACAAACCCAUUUCUCCUGAUGGCGAAGGGGAUGCCUAUGACAUUCUCAAGGAAUUGGGCUUAAAAGUCUUCACUAACAGCAAGAUCCACAAGCCUGAAAUCUGCCAGCAUUACCCAGAACACGUGAUGGAAAGGAGUUACAGUGGUUCUAUCACUGCACUGAAUCUGCUUGAAGAUUUUGAUGAUGAAAUAAUGGAACACAGGGAUGCUGGCAGUCCUUUGGAGACCGUCCGAAAGUACUUCCCUGAGACAUGGAUCUGGGACACAGUUUCAGUAAAUUCUGAGGGAAAUGCUGAGUUAAAUGUGACGGUCCCUGGCACCAUCACCGAGUGGAAAGCCAACGCAUUCUGCACUUCAGUGGACAUGGGCUUUGGCCUGUCCCCAACAGUGUCCUUCAGAGCCAUCCAGCCCUUCUUCGUAGAGCUUACCAUGCCCUACUCUGUGGUGCGUGGUGAGUCCUUCACUCUAAAAGCCACCGUGUUCAACUACCUGACUGCCUGCAUCAGGGUCAGCGUGGUUUUGGCUGAAUCUGUUAAUUUCCUGAGUACACCAAUAGAGAAGCAGGAAGAAUCCUACUGUAUCUGCAUGAAUGAAAGGAAAACUGUGGCCUGGGGAGUAACACCAAGAUCUCUAGGGCAGGUGGAGUUCAUGGUAAGCACUGAGGCCCUGCAGAACCACCAGCCUUGUGGAAAUACUAUUGAGGAGACCCCAGAGAAAGGGAGGAAGGACACAGUUGUACAACAGCUGCUGGUGGAACCAGAAGGGACGGAGGUGGAAACUACCUACAACUCUGUACGCUGUGCAUCUGAAAAGGCCGAGCCCUUCUCCCUGGUUCUACCAGAGAUUGUGGUGGUUGGCUCAGCCAGAGCAUAUUUCUCAGUGCUAGGUGACAUUAUGGGCAUUGCCAUGCAGAACCUGCACCAGCUCCUCCAGAUGCCAUUUGGCUGUGGGGAACAGAACAUGGUCCUGUUUGCACCCAACAUCUAUGUCCUGGACUAUCUGAACAAGACAGGGCAGCUGAGUGAGGAGGUGAAGUCCAAGGCUAUUGGAUAUUUAGUGAGCGGGUAUCAACGGCAAUUGAAGUACAAACACUGGGAUGGUUCUUAUAGCACCUUUGGGCCCCGUUAUGGGCAAACUGGGAACACCUGGCUCACAGCCUUUGUCCUCAAGUCCUUUGCCCAGGCUCGGCGUCACAUCUUCAUAGAUGAGAAACACAUCCAGGAUGCUUUGGUCUGGCUCACUGAAAAGCAGAAGGAGAAUGGCUGUUUCCACAGUUCUGGGACACUUCUGAACAAUGCCAUGAAGGGUGGAGUGAAUGAUGAGAUCACACUUACAGCCUACAUCAUGAUUACACUGUUGGAGAUUGGUCUGCCUGUAACACACUCCGUGGUGCGUAAUGCUCUGUUCUGCCUGGAAAUGGCAGCAGAGAAGGAAGAAAGCCAUGUGUACACCAAGGCACUGCUGGCAUACACCUUUGCCCUGGCAGGGAAGGAGGAGAAGCGGAAGGCAUUGCUUGGCUCACUGGAAAAGGAAGCGGUGAGAAAGGAUGGCUCCGUCCAUUGGCAGCGGCCUGGCAAGGAGCCAGAGGAGGAUCUGCCACGCUAUCGCUCCCGAGCUCCCUCUGCAGAAGUGGAGAUGACAGCCUACGUGCUGCUGGCUCACCUCACCACGCUGCCAGCACCUUCCCAGGAGGAGCUCUCAUUGGCGUCUCUGAUUGCCAAGUGGAUCAUUGGUCAGCAGAACCCCAGUGGGGGCUUCUCCUCCACCCAGGACACGGUGGUGGCUCUCCAAGCCCUGUCCCUGUAUGGAACUGCCACCUAUGCCAAGAGUGGAGCAGCCUCCAGAGUGACCCUGCGAUCCGCAGGGGACUUCCGGCACGACUUCCAAGUGGAUCCCACAAACCGGCUGCUGCUGCAACGCCUGCCCCUGCCCCAGGUGCCAGGGCAGUACAUCACAGAGGUGUCUGGAGAAGGAUGUGUCUACCUGCAGACAAGCCUGAGGUACAACGUGCAGCCCACGCAGGAGGAUGCCCCCUUUGUGCUCCAUGUUUACACGGUGCCAGAGACAUGUGUGGACUCCAAGGCUCACAAGAUUUUUGACAUAGGCAUAAAUGUCAGUUACGCUGGGGAGCGCAACGGCUCCAACAUGGUGAUUGUUGAUGUGAAGAUGCUGUCAGGAUUUAUCCCCUUGAAGUCCUCUGUGAGGAAGCUGGAAGGGCACCCCGUGAUUGAGCGCAUGGAGAUGAGUAACAACCAUGUCCUCCUCUACCUGGAGAAACUGAGCGGUGAGACCCUCAGCUUCUCCUUCACGGUGGAGCGGGACAUUGCUGUGCAGGGCUUGAAGCCAGCUCUGGUGAAGGUCUAUGACUACUACGAGACAGAUGAGUUUGCCACGCAGGAGUACUACGCUCCCUGCACCACUGGGAGUCUUCCACGAAGAAGGCUGGCAGGUCAGGCUUCCCAUCAGUUCUCCACCUUUAGUUCUUGGAAUAUGGAGGAUCUGGAAAGCACCAGGAUCUUGGGAAUUGUUUUGUUUACAGGGCCUGGCUGUGGCAUUUCAGAGGAAAGAAAAAGUUGUGUGGGCUUGGGGGAAUGCAAAAGUGUUUUGUCUCCUGUUAGUAGUAAAUUAAAUCCCACUCUAGUUAUCUCUCCUUGUGUGUCAGAAAGAGCCUCAACCUCACAUAGCUUUGAAAGUGAUCUGAGUGUUGAGUGAUGUGAUGGUUUGAGUGUUACCUGCCCCCACACACACUUAAGAAAAUCCCCCAGACUGAACUCAGUCGCUCUGGAAAUGGAAUGAAUUUUUAUAUUUAAGAGCAAGGUAGGGGCAGGCAGGUUUUCCCAGGGCGAGGCUCAUCCUUUGCAUCCUGAGUAUACUUACCUGGCAGGGGAGACACCAUGAUCAGACAUCCCUAACUAACACCAGUGAUAUAGAUCACCUUCAACAUUAGUCAAACAGCAAUUCACUCUCCUGUUCUGUGCUUCAUACACAGUCCGGCUUUCCAAACUUACAUCUCAUUCUCAGUUUCAAGCAGCAGUACAGGCUGGGGACAGAGUGUCUGAGAGCGGCCAGGAAGAAAAGGACCUGGGGGUGCUGUUAGAUAAUAGCUGAAGAUGAGCCAGCAGUGUGCCCAGGUGGCCAAGAGAACCAAUGGCAUCCUGGCCUGGCUCAGGAACAGUGCGGCCAGUAGGACAAGAAAGGUUUUUCUGCCCUUGUACUCAACACUGAUCAGGUCACACCUUGAGUACUGUGUCCAGUUCUGGGCUCCUCAAUUCAAGAGAGAUGUUGAGAUACUGGAAUGAAUCCAGAGAAGGGCAACAAAGCUGGUGAUAGGCCUGGAACACAAACCCUAUGAGGAGAGGCUGAGAGAUCUGGGGCUGUUUACCCUGGAGAAGAGGAGGCUCAGGGGUGACCUUGUUGCUGUCUACAACUACCUGAAGGGAGGCUGUAGCCAGGCACCCAGCAGCAGAACAAGGGGAUACAGUCUCAAGUUGUGCCACGGGACAUCUAGGCUGGAUGUUAGGAGGAAGUUGUUGUCAGAGAGAGUGAUUGGCAUUGGGAUGGGCUGCCCGGGGAGGUGGUGGAGUCAUUGUCCCUGGAGGUGUUCAAGCAAAGCCUGGCUGAGGCACUUAAUGCCAUGGUCUAGUUGACUGGACAGGUCUGGGUGCUAGGCUGGACUGGAUGAUCUUGGAGGUCUUUUCCAAUCUGGUUGCUUCUAUGAUUCACAGCCUGAGCAAGAGAAGUGACAUGUCUGACUAAUUCCUAUACCCUCCUGUCGUCCAUCU